AUGGGGCUGGUGUACUCUGAGCCGGCCUGUCAGGCGGCCUAUGGCGGAGACCUCCAACAGCUCUAUGGGAUCCUGAAGGGGAACCCGACCCUGAUAGACGUUCAGGACCAACACACUGGGGACACGCCGCUCAUUGCUGCUUGUCGUAAUGGUAACCUGAAUGUGGCGAAGUAUCUGCUGAACAAUAAGGCCAAUACCCAGCUGACCAACAAGAAACAGAGGACGUGUCUUCACUACGUGUCUAAGAGGACUUUGUCUCUUCUAGACUACCUGAUGAUUUCCAUCCUGAUGCCUAUCCUGCUGCUGGGAUACUUCCUCCUGCUGCAGAAGCAGAGGAAGAGUGUGGAGCUGAUGGAGGCCGUGCUGAGCAGCAAUGUCAAUAUUGACGCCAUUGACUAUAAAGGCAACACGGCGCUGCAUUACGUCUGUCAGAGGAAAAGCCACCGACUAGUUCCUCUGCUGUUGAAGCGGAAUGCCAAAACGGACGUCAGGAAUAAAGAUGGAGAAACUCCACUGGACAUCGCCAUCAGGCUGCAGUUCACUAAGAUUGUUAACAUGCUAAGGAAGGAAAACUGAUGGAGACCAAACAGAUGUCAAACUUCUGCUGAAGAAAAGACACUAAUCUCAGACUUUGAGCUAAAACAGGGUGAUGGUUACUGUGCUACGCGACUCUGGUGCUUGGUGUGCUAAUAAAGGCUAACAUGUGGUGUGUUAAA